AUGAGACGUCAAGCAAACAACAUGAGUUUUCCAACUGUGCCACUCUUCAACCAAAAGAAACGAGCUCGUGUCCCGUUGACAUCAGCUCCUCCUGCAAAUGAAUCUUACAGCUUUAAUGACUACAAUGCAGAUGUACCUCACACAGCUCCAGGCACACUUGGAUUUUAUCACUCACCUGAAACCAGAAAGAAUUUUCAUCAAGAGCAGAAGGUUCAUCAGUCCAUGAUGCACCAACAAAGGCAGUACAGCGGCACAGGUCCCAGAGCUGCUGCCACUUCGAGCCAGUAUGGCCCUCUGCCUCAUCCUUACAAAGCAGUAAACACAAACACAAAAAUGGAGCAAACCAACUUCACCAUGAGACAAAAAGAUGUUGGCGCUGGAGAAAACUCACAAUUUAACACUUAUCAACCUCGUAACAACCGCAGUGGACCAUCGCCCCGCCAGCCUCCCCCAGCACAAGCAGCUUCCCAGCUCACCCAACCCAAAAGCCAGCAACAGUCUAAAGCUUGGAACCUUACCAACAGCUUUGGACCUCAGCCCGCAGUGCUGAAAAAGGCCACAAAGCCGGUCACUCCAAACAUUCAAGUGAAGGCACAACCAAAAUUUCAAAUGAGAUCAACAAAUGAGGUGUCUCUGAGGAUUCUUACGGCAGUUAUUGAUGGAAUGAGACACUGGAGCCAGUUUAAAGACAAAGUUCCAUUUUUAUUUGAGAUAUUUGCCACUCUAGACUCCGCAGUGACAUUGGGGCCGCAUGGAGCAAAGAAUUUCAUCAUACGAGACGGAAAGGAAGUUGUUCAAUGUGUCUACUAUGAAAAUGAGAAAGAACUGCCUCGCCUCAUUCGUGGUCAAGUCCAUCGUUGUGUCGGUAACUAUGACCGCACCAGAAAUGUCCUUGUGUGCGUCUCCAUCCGCCCAGCGCUGCCUUCGGAGCUGAGGAAUUCACAAGAGGCUGUCAGAGUCUGUGAUGCAGAAAUGAGGGUGCUGGUCAAGCAUUUCAGUGAAGUCUAG